CGAAUGAGAAAGAAGACUACUCUUUCUCAAGCCCUCCUCCCCGGCACUUCGCAAGCUUCCCCUAUUUGGCCAUGACGUCUUAGAAUCUAGUCUCCAUCGCCCUUUGCUCCACCUGGUGUUCAGCAAUGCAUAACAAUCCCAUUCAGCGCCUCUCUCACAAUUCAAAUCAUCGAACAACAGGUAAAAUCUUGGUCAAUCUUUUUCUUCACUUCUCUUCCUCUGUCUGCAUAUUGGGAUGUGGUUGGAUUUAAGUGGACUCUAU